CGUUAGACCAUCACCACCUCCUGAAUAACUUAUCAUCAUCGCGUGCAAACAGGGAAGGAACUGUGUGGUCGUCGGAUCGUCAAUCCAACUGAGCAACUGAAAAAAGGACGGGGAAGGCCUUUUCCAGGUAACCUGCCAUGCACAGUUGUACAAGGGAGAGGUGGUUUAAUGAAUACCCUCCCUUGUACGGCCGCUCAUGGAUGGGCAUGGGUUGCAUUGUCACCCUUAAAACUUUGCACGGUGUUGAAUUCGUUAGCUUGCUGGCUUGCUUGCCACAAAUUGAAAGCACGUUAUGCUGCUGCUGCUUCUGCUGCUGAUGAUGAACAUAAUGAAGGUUGCAAGAUCGUGGUGGUGGUGGUGGCAAUGGUGAGGUCGUUGAUGAUUAAAUUGAUGAUGAUAAUGAUGAUGGAGGUGGACAGUUACAAGAUCUUGGUUGUGGUCACGAUCAGGUUGUUGUGGAUGAUGAUGAUGAUGAUGAUGAUGAUGAUGAUGAUGAUGAUGGGAGGAGGAGGAGGAGGAGGAGGAGGAGGAGGAGGGGGAGGAGGAGGGCUAGGACAAAGGGAGGAGAGUGAUUCUGAUGUGAUUGUGCAUAACCUGUGUCCCUGGCAGGCUGCAGGUGGAUUGACUUUGACACAAUGCUUUCUUCUCAUUGCUGCUGGAAGUCUGUCACAUUUUUUCUUGGACAACUUGUUCCAGGAGGAUGGCCGCACGGAAUGGUACACUUGGGUGUUGAGCACUGGCUGGUUUGAUUUUGAGGCGCCAGUUGACUUAGCCGCGGUGGCCGUCACGGGUUCGCUCUCACUGAUUCUAGUUGGGGGCUUUGCAUACUUAAACAGGUCCAAGCGUUCAAAGGCGCCAGAGAAGAGAGCGCCGGCAUCCCUGGCGCUGAUAUUAACAAUUGCUGCUCUGUACUGCCUAUGGUGUGUUCGACGGCUCUACUGGCUGAUGGAUUCCUUUCCCCCGGUCGGAGAAGAAGCAGAUCUUGGUGUCAUUGUGUUCAUGGGUUGCUUCUUCUUUCUGCCACUUCUACUGUGCAUCCUUUCCAUGAAUCCGGUUGAGGACCAGGAAUACUUAAUGCCAUCCUCCUGUAAACCAGAAGAGGUAUGACGAGUGUAGUCACUUAAUUGUCAGCAACGUCCUUACGGAGCGUUUCGAACACACGCAUGCACACCCACUUCAAUUGCAGCCUCUUAGAAUCCCUUCCGAUUGGGGUCCAUUCUCGUCCACAUUUGGCUCUUCUGUCCUAUCCUAUCCUACCCUUUCCUUCCUUUCCUAUCCUAUCCUUUCCUAUCCUUUCCUUGCCUAUCCUAUCCUUUCCCUGCCUUGCCUAUCCUAUCCUUUCCUUUCCUAUCCUACCCUAUCCUUUGCUUUCCUACCCUAUCCUUUUCUUUCCGUUCCUUCCCUUUCCUAUCCUAUCCUAUCCUAUCCUAUCCUAUCCUAUCCUAUCCUAUCCUAUCCUAUCCUAUCCUUUCCUCUUAGCCAAUCAAUCCAGUGAGGUCAU